AUGGUAGGUUCAUUCAAUGUCCCCAUGCCAGUAAAACGAAUGUUUGACACGUUUCCGUUACAAACGUAUGCUGCGCAGACUGACAAAGACGAGGCCGUUGCAUUAGAAAUACACCGCAGGUCCUAUGCAUUUACAGAAUGUAGCGAUGAUUGCUCGAAGCUGACUGCAGAGGGGACGUACAAGCUAGGAGUCUACAACGUUUUUUUUGAGGCAACUACUGGGGCAGUGUUGGCCACAGAUCCAUGGUGUCUGUUUGUUCAGCUUGCGCUGUGUCAAAAGAAUGGUUUACGCUUACCCACGCAAUCGCGGGAACCAACCUCAUCGCAUUCCUGUAACCAUGAAUUGAUGGUUCUGUCCCGUCUUUCUAACCCUGACGAGACCCUACCUAUUCUGGUUGAGGGCUACAAGAAGAGAAUCAUAAGAUCCACCGAGGCAAUCAGUGAAAUUAUGAGAUCCCGGAUACUUGAUGACGCUGAGCAAUUGAUGUACCAUACGUUGCUGGAUACGGUGCUGUACGAUUGUUGGAUUACGCAAAUAUUAUUCUGUGCCUCUGAUGCACAAUUUAUGGAAUUGUAUUCUUCCCAGAGAUUAAAUGAUUCGACAUCCACUCCACUCGACGUAGAAAACUCUUUACUAAGGAAGUUGUCCGCAAAGAGUUUAAAAAUGUCCCUAUUAAAGCGGAACAAGUUCCAUUUGCGCCAUCGAGAAAUUACCAAGGGUAUGUAUGGAGUUUAUCACAAUCAUCAUAGCUUCAUUAACCAAGAGCAAGUCUUAAACGUUUUGUUCGAGAAUAGCAGACAAGUUCUGUUAGAUUUCAAAGAUAGUUUGAAAAGCGACGGGCAACCCACUUCCCUACAUCUGAAAAUCGCAAGUUACAUUCUUUGUAUAACAAACGUUAAAGAACCUAUAAAGCUAAAGACAUUUAUUGAAAGCGAGUGUAAAGAAUUAAUCUACUUUGCACAAGAUACCCUAAAAAAAUUCGUUCAUUAA